GCAGUCUUACAUAAUAUCUGGGUGUGCCUUAAAAAGAUCAAAAGCAUUACAUUAGUCCUUCUUUUGAAAGCAAGUGAACAAUAUAUGUAUGUAGCAUGGACGACACACCAAAGUAGUUGAUGCAAGAGUAUUAUAUAUGUAAAUAUCUCUCUUCAAAUUGUGUAUAUUAUCUCCCUAUGAUCUCCCCUAUCAAAGUACGUCGCGCGCAAAAUAAAUACUCUGUUUUUCUUUCUUUUUCUUUUACGUCAUGUCAAGUUCAUCUAAUUUAGAAAAUUCUCGUAAUCAACUAGAUGAGUACUAUGUAAAGACGAUUGAGUGGAAAGAAGAAAAGAGAUGUGUUAUAACACAAAACGAAAACGGGCCUUGCCCUUUAGUAGCAAUAUGCAACGUACUGUUCUUACGAGGAGAUUUGAAAAUAGAACCAGAAGAUAGGGAAGUAGUAUCAUUUGAAUAUUUAGUAGAAAGACUAGGUGAUUACUUGCUAAAUCACAUCAACGAAGGGGAGACGGAAGAAAGGCAUCAACUUGAGGCGGCAUUGAAUAUUAUUCCCAAGUUGAAAACUGGGUUAGAUAUAAACAUUCUGUUCGACUCUAUUCAUGGAUUUGAGGCUACACCAGAACUUUCGAUGUUUGAACUAUUCAAUGUUGACUUGGUUCAUGGAUGGCUCGUAGAUCCACAAGAUAGGGAAACAUAUAAAGUAAUUGUUGAACACUGCAAAAAUUAUAACCAAGCAGUUGAGUGCAUUGUCCAAGGCAACGAAUUGAGCUCAAAGAAUCCGUUAACACAACAAGAAGAAGAAAAAUUACACCAAGCUUUUAUUGUCAAUGAAUUCUUAAGAGAUACUGCCACUCAAUUAACUUAUUAUGGUCUGGAGCUUUUAUUAGCUGCUAUACCUGAGGAUAGCUUAUGUGUAUUAUUUAGAAAUAAUCAUUUUUCUACAAUUUAUAGACACUCUGAGCAUGGACUACUUAUGUUAGUCACAGACUCUGGGUUCAUUAAAGAAGAGUCAGUUGUCUGGGAAAGCUUGGGAGAUACUGAUCAAGGAUCAUCACAAUUCUUUAAUGGGUUAUUUAAUCGACCUGCCUUACCAAGAGAACAUGAGGAUAUAGACUUGGAUCACGCUAUUGCCAUGUCACUUCACAUCAGGAAAGACAACAACAGCAGCAUCAGGAGAGACAGCAGCAGCAACGACAACAACAAGAGAUGAAAGCAGUAAAUGAUAAUGUAGAAAACAAGAGAAAGAGGAAGAGUCAGUGU